AUGGCUCCGAGGUUUGAAAUCGCGGUUGGUCUUAAAAAAGGCCACAAAACAACAAAGAUUUCCGGUGGAAAGAAAGGAAUCACAGACAAAGCAAUUAGAAUUAGACCUGCUAGGCUAAAGGGUCUCCAGACAAAGCACUCCAAAUUUGUAAGGGAUUUGGUACGUGAAGUGGUUGGUCAUGCUCCUUAUGAAAAGAGAGUAAUGGAAUUGCUUAAGGUUUCAAAAGAUAAGCGGGCCCUUAAGUUCUUAAAGAGACGCCUAGGCACGCACAUCCGCGCCAAGAGGAAGCGUGAAGAAAUGAGCAACGUUCUUGUACAAAUGAGGAAGGCGGCCCACCACGCUCAUUAA